CGACGGCAGCUGCAGAGGCCGCGCCGAGGCCGUGCAGUGCAGCGUCUGGACCCAGAGCCUCGAGAGCCUCGAGCAGUCUCGAGCAGCAGGGCGUAGCCGCGUAGCCCGCAGGAAAAUGCGCCACCCAGGAGUGGCGGCGAGAGACGCGCUGCUGGCCCUGGCCGUGGCCCUGGCCGUGGCCGUCCUCGCCCUGACCGCGGCCGUGGGCGCCUCGGACGACGAGCGCCACUGCCCCACGGUGAAGGCCAUCCGCCACCUGCAUCUCCACGACAUGCUGGGCCACUGGUUCGUGGUGCAGUACUUCGCGUCCAGCGAGGAGCUGCCCGAGUACCGCUGCAUGCGCGCCGACUUCAGCCUGAGCACGGCGAGCGCGGAGGACGGCGUCGAGGCCCGGCCGAGGGGCCCGCGCGUCACCAUGAACUUCACGUACGCCUUCAGCGACGACCCGGUGGGCGAGCGGCUGCGCGGCAACAUCACCUGGCAGGUGCCGGACUUGAGCAGGCCGGCGCACUGGCGGCACCAGGAGGAGUCCUACCAGGGCGUGUACAACACGUACGUGCUGGACUCGGACUACGUGACGUGGGCGCUGCUGCUGCACUGCGCCGAGCAGACGGGGUCGCUGCGCUACCUCAGCUCCUUCAUCCUCAGCCGCACCAAGGACCUGCCGAACAACGUGCAGGCCUACCUGCGCGACAAGCUCACCCGCUACGCCAUCGACCUGGACUACAUGUUCCCCAUGAGCCAGGACGACUGCAGCCUGGUGGACAUCGAGGGCCCGGUGCAGGGCCCCGUGGCGGCGCCGCACAUGCCGCCCCGGCCGCAACGGCCGCACCGAACGCGCAAGCACCCCCUGCAGCGCCACCACGCCCCGCACCCCAGGGGAUGAACCUGGGCCGGGGCCGCCUCGACACCCUGCCGGGGGAGAGGGCAGCGUCAGUGUCAGACUUACGAGCGGCCGGCAUCCAUUUCAUUUCGUGACCUACUUUCAUACUUAUUAGCACGCGUGCAAAGUUAUCUCUGUCUUGUAAAUCUGUGUGGAAAUGAAACACACGACGGCGUCCGUGUUCUCGCUGAUUCUGGA